AUGGCGGAACUAAACAGAACGCCAGGAGUGGCAGCAGAUGCGGCAUCGCACCGCCAGCAUCACCAACGGUCCAAGUCAUCAGUCCUGCGGUCACUCAUCGGCGGCGGGCACAAACGGAACAACUCGGACGGAUUGGCACUCCCUCCCUCAGAUCUCUGUACGCCUAUAGGAUUGACACCGGGCUUCCACGCCUCAGAGCGCAACCUUGCAGUCAACAGCAACGACGUGUUCUACGUGGGCUUCGACACUUCAGCAGCGGCAGCCAUGGAACGGCAACGUAACCCGCGACCCCUUGGGGAACUGCCGCAGAACCAGCCUGACAGGUCGCCCGAGCGGUCCCCGGAGAGAUGGCUAGGUCGCGGUCGUAGCACCGAAGUGGCACCAUCACCGGCGAAGACCGGUGGUUUUGCCACCAUCUCGCUGAGGCCCUUUACAAGAGAUUCAAGCAAGCCACGCAAGUCCAAGGAUGAGGACACCUCGUCAUCGAAGCCAAAGAAGUCCAAGUCGGCAACCAAUCUCGCAGCGUUGCUACGCCCCAAGUCCGUGAAGAACCUGAAACAGUUGUUAACGGACGACGACGGGCUGAAGCGCACCGCCAAAGACAAAGACAAGGAGAACAGGACGCCACAUAGCUCCUUGGGCAGCGACCACGUCAUCGGAACGGCCCCAGCGACACCUAUUUACGCCCAGUUCGCGAGCAAUGCCUUCGGGCCUCCCUCGCCACAGGUGGAAUUCCCGCUCGAACCGCCCGUUAGGAACAGCUCGGAACGGUUUGGUGUGCUGUCAUCUUGGAGAAAGCCACGCCCAAAAUCCUUCCAGGCCUACACAAGUAAUCGUGAAGAUGGCUCUACGCGGUCGGCCGAGUCGGGCGGCGACAGCGGCGCAAAGCGGCAAACGUGGGGUAAGGGAAGCGACUCGCCGGCCUCCGGGCCCCCGGCUAGAUCCAGGCCAAAAUUGUCGGCUGCGGCCGGAGGGCCUGAGGUACCUACGAUCGACCCCAAGGAUAUCGACAAGCAUCUCGAAGCCUUGUUGGACCGCCGCAACAUCCCAGAGAAUCAGCGGUACAAGAUGCGGAACUUGAGCGACACCAUCAAGAUGGAGUUUAUUCGGCAAGACUGGGCCGAGACACAAGCCCAGCUCGAGCGCCCGGGCUCGAACAGUGGUUCCGCCCCUCCGCCGGGAACGAGUGAAACGGCAGCGGACUCAAUGGCGGACCGGGGAGACAGCAGCGGACGCGCCAAGAAGGAAAAGAAGCACGGCCGGGGGCUGAGCCUGACCAUCGUCAAAGGCGGCAGCAAAGGAGACGCCCAGUCGCCAAUCAAGAAACGAAAGGGGGACAGCAACUUGGGUCGGCACUUCAGGACAAAGUCGAGCGAAAGUCUGGUGAGCGAGCCGCCCUCACCCGGGCCAUUCUCCGGGUAUGGAAGCAACCUCUUGGCCAAAGUCAAAGGCCAGCAGCUGCCCGGAGACUUCGUAGCCUAUCUCAGAAAGGUGCAACAACCCGAGCUGGUCGAGGUGGGCAAGCUGCACAAGCUACGGCUUCUGCUACGCAACGAGACCGUGGCCUGGACUGAAGAGUUUAUCCGGUCGGGCGGGAUGAAGGAGAUCGUGGAGCUGCUACACCGUAUCAUGGCUGUAGAGUGGAGAGAGGAGCACGAGGACGCCCUGCUGCAUGAGAAUCUCUUGUGUCUCAAGGCGCUCUGCACCACGGCCAUGGCCCUGCAGUAUCUCCACUCCAUCCACAGCACGCUCUUCCCGGCCCUGCUGCACAUGAUCUUCGAUCCGGAGAAGAAGGGUCCCAGCGAGUUCACUACCCGCACCAUCAUCACAUCCAUCCUCCUUACGUACAUCGAGGCCGCCACACCCCAAGAGCGCGUCUCGCGCGCAAGGGCUGUCCUCGGCUACUUGCGUGACCCCGAGCCCAAGGAGGAGGAGCGACCCCUCGACUUUGUCCUCGAGAUGCGUCGGGAGCGGCCCUACCGGGUGUGGUGUAAGGAGGUGGUCAACGUCACCAAGGAAGUGUUUUGGAUCUUUCUGCAUCACCUCAAUGUCAUCGCCCUGCCCUCUGCCACUGACAAGUCACCAACGACUUGUGAUGACAAGACAGGCGCGGAGGCCACUAGUACUACUACUACAUCCAUGUCAGCCACAGGGGCGUCUGGAGGGGAUGACGCCUCCCGCCCGGGCGCCAACCGUGGCAGCAGCGUGGCAACGACGCAGGACCCGGACUGCCAGCAGCAGCAGCACCAGCAGUACGCCUACAUGGCGCGCCACUUCCCGCAGAAGCGGCCCCCAGUACCCGCGGCCCCCUACGUCGGCGGGGUCGAGUGGGACGCCACAAACUACCUGGCGAGCCACCUGGACCUGAUGAACGCCAUUCUGGCCUGCACGGGCCCCACGUCGCGGGAGCGCAACGCGCUGCGCGCCGAACUUCGCAUUUCGGGCUGGGAGCGCUGCCUCGGCGGCAGCCUCCGCCUGUGCAAGGAGAAAUUCUACGGCGCCGUCCACGACGGCCUGCGCACCUGGGUCGCCGCCGCCGCCGAGGACGGGUGGGACGUCCGCGACGUGCGGUACGGCCCGCCCCCAGACACCAGGAGCAGGAGCGUGUCACCCGCCAAGAGGGCUCCAGCUGGUGGUGCAGGUGGCGGGGGUGGUAACGGUGGCAACAACAAGAAAAAGCAAGACCCGGCGCCUCCUCCGAGGAUUGAGAUGCCCAAGCUUGACUUUGCUGUCGAGGGCGGCGAUAUGCUGGCAGACGUGCGAUCCAAUGACGCUUGGCUUUCUUGA